AUGAAAAAACUCUUUUUCGCUACCCCACGAUGCUUAUCCAAGUCGCGUUCUCAACAAGUUGCUUUCAAUAGACUUGUUGUUUCCGCUCUUGAUGUUCGUCCAUUCCAUCAACAAUUCCGUUGUUUGGACGCUAAACAAAAUUUGGAUUUUAGUAGCAAGUCCUUGGGUGAUUUAAUUAAUGAAUUAAGUGCAAUGAAAGUUGAACCUUUGGAAAAGAGAACCACCGAUAAAACUAGAGAACAACUCUACUAUCUUUACUCUAUUCAAACUCACGUUCAAAACGAAAUUGCUGCCUUCCAACAACAAAUUGAACAAAUUACCACCGAAACAAACAUCACCUAUGAUGCAGAGUAUAUCAGCAAGUUAAACUCCCGUUUCUCCCUCUUCUUAAAAUGGGUUCUUGCUAUUCAACAACUUACUCUUGAUAAUGGUUUGUUCAAGUUGGUCCAACCAUUACUCAUUGGUGAAAAGGCCGACAACUUUUUCAAUGUUUUAGUAGGAGAGGAACAUUUCGGAAAGAGCCACAACUUCCCAUUGUAUUAUUCACUUGCUGUUCACAAAUCUAAAAUCAGAGCUGCUAUUGGUUUGGGUGAUUAUGAAGUUGCUAAAGUUGCUUGUGAAGAAUUAUUGAACAAGAUUUCUGAAAUGAAAGUUUUCUACGAAAAGAGACAACAAGAAGUCGAUCGAGAGGAAAAGGAAGCUGCUACUAUUGGUAUUUCUUUGGAAGAAUACAAGGAAAAUCAAAAGAAGCUGAAAUCUAAAGAUACUAUUGAAGAAGUUGUUAAUAAGAUUUAUGAAUUGGAACAAGAACAAGAUAUUAGAGUACCAGUUGUUGGAAGAAAAGUCCCAGAAUUUGAUAAAUAUUUCGGUGUUGAACCAAUCAAUAAGAAGAUUGAAAACCAAUUGGAUAGAUUAGAAGUUGAAACUCAACUUACACUUGUUCAAGUUUUAUACAAUAUUUCUAUCAAGAAUGAAGGUUCAGCUGAUUCUAUGGUUUCUUGGUUGGAUAGUAGACUUCGUGAUGCUAAAUUAUUGGGUUCUCUUUCCAGUGUCAUGUACAAGCUUUCCAAGGCUUCCAUUUUGACUGUUCAAGGUAAACAAUUAGAUGAAGCCAGUAAGCUCUAUGUUGAAUCUUUACAACAAAUUGCCAGAAACUUCCCAACUGUCUCAAAGGACCUUCAACAAAUUUCUACCAUCUUACUCAAUCACACUCUUUAUGCCACCAAGAAGCGUAAUGCUGCUCAAGAUAUACACUCAUACAUGAAGAUGAUCAAGAUUGAUAAUCCAGAAACAACACCUCAAGUCAAACAAUUCGUUAACAAUUAUCUUGUUGAUCUUUUCAUUUCUAGAGGUCAAUUAGAUGCUGCUUUGAAUUAUAUUACUCAAUCUAAGGAGCUUCAAUUCAAUAAUGGUUACUUCUCACCUUCAUAUUCAUCUCUGUUAAGAAGAGAAGCUGAAGUUUUAAUUUUGGGUGAAAAGGCCUCUACAGAAGAAGUUAUUUCAUUGUUGGAUAAUGCCAUUGAAUUACACACUGAACAAUACGGAGCUAGUGGUAGAUAUUUACCUCUUUUCUAUGAUCUCUUGGUUAAUUAUUGCAAGGAACAAAAGAUUAAUCACGAAAAGUUGGCUGAAUAUUCAUCAGCAGUCAGCAAAUUGAACAUUCCAGAGUUGAAGAGAGAAGAAUUGUUAUUGUUGAGAAAUUUGGAUUUUGUUGAAAGAGAUUUUUAAACUUGACUAAAACUUAUUAAGGUUUAUUCUAAUAAAAUUGAAAAUGUAUUAAAA